AUGCCUCCGUACGCCGGAGAACAAGCAGGACCAGUCCUUUCCUUGGAAAGUCUGAAAGCAGAAGUGGAAUCAGACCUUGCAGCCGGCCACAAUGCGGCCUAUGACAAGAAGUCCACAGUUAUCAACAAGGCGAUCCAAGACAUCGGCAUGGGACGUUAUCAGUGGCAGUUGUUCACUCUAUGUGGGUUUGGCUGGCUCGCGGACAAUCUCUGGUUGCAAGGCGUAGCUCUUACUCUGCCCAGCCUUUCGGCCGAAUUUGGUGUCAGCGACACUCAAGUCCGCUACACGACGCUCAGUCUCUUUCUUGGGCUGUGCAUUGGUGCAUCGUUCUGGGGCAUUGUUUCGGAUGUGAUCGGACGCCGACUCGCUUUCAACUUCACUCUCCUGCUCGCUGGUGUCUUCGGACUUGCAGCUGGAGGCGCACCCAAUUGGAUUGGAACCUGCGCGCUGUAUGCAGGCAUUGGUCUUGGAGUUGGUGGCAAUCUUCCUGUCGAUGGCGCACUGUUCUUGGAGUUCCUGCCCUUCGCCAGCGGCAAUCUCCUCACUUUGCUCUCGGUCUGGUGGCCUGUUGGGCAGCUGAUCUCCUCGCUGCUCGCCUGGGCACUCAUCCCCAACUAUCCAGACAAUUGGGGCUGGAGGUACCUCGUCCUUACUCUGGGCGCCAUCACCUUUGCGAUGUUCCUCUGUCGCUUCUUCCUCUUCCACCUCUUCGAAUCGCCAAAAUUCCUCCUCUCUCGUGGCCGCCAAGCUGAAGCCGUAGCUGUCGUCCACGGAAUCGCAUACUUCAACGGCUCCAAGACCUGGUUGACAGAAGACAUUCUGAACGCCAUCGGCGGAAAUCCAGAAGACGUCGACGAUGCAAAGCUAUCUACCGGCGAAAUCAUCAAACGCCAACUCUCCAAGUUCAGCGGAGAACGCAUGGGACCUCUCUUUCACGGCAAGAGACUCGCCAUCAGCACAGUCCUAAUUUGGUUCACGUGGACAACGAUCGGGAUGGGUUACCCACUCUUCAACGCCUUCCUCCCACAAUACCUCUCCCAAGCCGGCGGCGGAAGCAGCCCAAGCAUCUCCCAAACCUACCGCGACUACACCAUAACCUCCAUCGUCGGCGUCCCCGGCUCCAUCCUCGCCUGCUGGACCGUCAACAUCCCUUACAUCGGCCGCAAAGGCACCAUGGCCAUUUCCACCCUCCUCUCAGGAAUCUUCCUAAUCCUCUUCACCCGAGCCACAUCAUCCGGCUACCAACUCGCAAUGUCAUCCAUGGAAGCCUUCUUCCAAAACAUCAUGUACGGAGUCCUAUACGCUUACACGCCCGAAGUAUUCCCCGCCCCGAACCGCGGCACUGGGACGGGAAUCUCAAGUUUUUUGAAUCGUCUUGCGGGACUUUGUGCUCCGAUCGUGGCUGUCAAUGCUGGAGGAACUGAUCCCAAGGCUCCGAUUUAUGCUAGUGCGGGAUUGUUUUUUGCCGCGUUUUUGGCUAUGUUGGUUUUGCCCAUUGAGACGAGGGGACGGCAGAGUUUGUGA